GUUCGGAUUGGGUCUACAACCCCAAUUGCAUACUUCAGAAUAGCCAGGCUCCUGGACUUAGAUGGGCCUAUCCCCAAUAAAAAAGCGACAAAAUCCAAACCACACAUACACCUCUGCCCCGCUCGAGUGAGGGGCAAAUAUUCACAAUCCAACAUGCCUGCAGACACCGACCCUACCCUCCAAUUCGAUUCAAUUGAAGAUACAAUUAAGGCUUUCGAGCAUGGAGAGUUCAUAAUUGUUCUCGAUUCACAAGACCGUGAAAACGAAGGCGAUCUUAUCAUCGCCGCUGAGGCGGUCACUUCCGCUCAGAUGGCUUUCCUAGUUCGCUUUACAAGUGGCUUAAUUUGCGCUCCCGUUUCCCCCGAAAUUGCCACCAGACUUAGCCUACCCCAAAUGGUACUAGAGAAUGCCGACCCGAAGGGAACCGCAUACACAAUCUCCGUCGACUCAAGUGAUCCAUCUGUUACCACCGGUAUCUCAGCACAGGACCGCGCUCUUGCAUGCAGAACACUUGCCUCCCCGACUGCACGUGCUGAAGAUCUCCGGAGACCGGGCCACAUCAUCCCUCUUCAGGCUAAGGGCGGUGGUGUGCGCGAACGGAAAGGACACACUGAGGCUGCAGUCGAGUUCUGCCGCCUGACCGGAAAGACGCAGGCUGGCGUCAUUGCCGAGUUGGUGGAGGACGGCGAGCUGGUCCCGGGUGUCCCAGAGAUCGGUGGCAAUAACGGUAUGAUGAGACGUGAUGCGUGCUUGAGAUUCGGUAAGAAAUGGGGCAUCAAGGUAUGCACGAUCGAAGACUUGGUUGAGUACCUCGAGAAGACAGACGGUAGCACUUCGGUUGUUACGAAUGGAAAACAGUAAAGCGGUACAAGCACGACAUGCUGAUGUUUUUGUACGAAUUUUUCUCCUCUCUUGGUUAUUCUUUCUCGCAUAUCGUCGCGGAGUGCAUGUUUAUGACCUGAUUUUAAGGCUGUUUUUGUAAGUACUAUUGCUAAGCAACAAGUAGAGGGUGGGCGGGUAUAAGGACAUUUGGGUAU